UUUUUCUUUCGGAGCGAUUAUCUCCGAAUAUAUUCACUUUAUCAAAGAAUGUUUCUUAAAAACCCUUAUUAGUUUUGAAAGACCUUUCCAACGAUACCCCACACUCUAGGGUUGAAGCGAAAAAAAAUUUCACCCCCACUUUACGUGUAGGGGAGGUACCCUAAAAAAAAUUUUUUUUUAGAUUUUAUUAUACGACUUUGUCGGCUUUAUUGAUUUAUAUAUCCAUGCCAAAUUUCAGCUUUCUAGCACUAACGACCACGGAGCAAAGCCUCGGACAGACAGACAGACAGACGGACAUGGCGAAACUAUAAGGGUUCCUAGUUGACUACGGAACCCUAAAAAUGCUAAACUUUGUAGAUCGUAGUGUCUCAAGUAAUUCUAUAGGUGUCGGACAUCUCGAUGUAAACAAAUACAAGGAAAACAGUGACUAAUAUGUACGCUACGGUUUUGUUGGUGAUAUACCUUUUGGUGCACGACAGUGUCCAACAAAGUCAAUCUUUUCAACCUUGUACACUUGCAAAUGAGCGAAACGAGCAACAAAAUACAGAAAUAGAUCCAAGUGUCACUGACCAUUCCGACUCACCAGACAACAGUUUUCAAGGUCAAAAACACAGAUCCGGUCAAAAUCAGUCUAUAUAUGACGGAGAUACGAACAAAUAUCAAGACACCUUUGAACAGAGAUUAAAUAUCAGCGGACCCGGACCAUGGGAGCAACACACAACUACCACAUCUCAAACAACGACUGAAUAUGUCCCUCUCAUAUUCGAUUAUCCUUUAAGUGAAGGCGAACCUUUAUCUACUUUUACGUUUUCUAACGACUAUGACGAAGUUCAUUCUAAAGAUGGUAUUCAGGAUCCUUUCCCCAAGGCAACGGAGGCGCCGAAAGAUGAAAUAGGAGAUCGCCCUACCUCGCAGAUCGCAGAACCUAAUGACAAUCAAACGAAUAUAGUAACUAUUGAUUCCGACUGGAAACCGCAGACAACUGAGAACAUAGAUAACAAACGCAAGUCAUGGCAAGUCAGCGUGUUCAGUGCACAAGAACAACCGUACCUGAGGGUCUGCGGAGCGUCAAUGGUCAGCAGAGCCACAGUGAUUUCAGGUAAACAAGCCAGAAGUAUACAGCUAUUUAAGAUACGCGAGCAGCCGCGAUACCUUCAUACUCGUGCGCGCCCCGGCCGCUGGGACCCGGCGGGGUGGUCAAUGACACCUUCUCGUAACUUAUGUGGCCCUGGUACUUGCAAAAUUCAAUUUUUAGGCAGUUUUUUCCACCGGCAUUUUGGCCACCGUAGCCUAUGGAGACUAACAAGCAAUGCGGCUCAUUGUUUCUGGAAGGAAGGCGAGGGGUUGCUGCCGGCAUCACAAUUCGCAGUAGGUGCUGGCGAAGUGCUGACGUACCGACUGGAUGACUACAGCAGCUACCGGCAGCAGAAUGACGUAGGGUCAAUAAAAGUCCCUCCAACCUUCAAUGGAGCCGUGACCAACUACCAGCACGAUAUCGCGGUGGUACACUUAGCAAAGUCAUUCUACGACUCCACUGGAAUGAGGCCUGUGUGUAUCAGUUUUGAUGAAGACCUGGAGAAGGAGCAGAUGAAACCUGGAAAUAUUGCUACGACCUUAGGUGUCGGCCUGCUACAGAGAGGAAAGCUGACAGAGCUCCAGACCCUCAAAGUCCCGUAUGUGUCUUCGGAAGAUUGCAAGAGGACCCUGGACAAAAAUGCUCUGCAGUAUUUCACAGAAGACAAGAUAUGCGCGGGGUUCGAACCAGGGACGAGUCCAGUUUUAGGUGAAAUCUGCAUCCGAGACCCAGGAGCCGGGCUAGCCUUCCACCUAGGCGAUAACCAAGACUUAGCGAAAGGCAUCGCCGUCCCGUUCCUACGCGGGGUGGCGUCUCGCUCGCACCCGUGUGACGCGAACCAGCGGACUCUAUACACGAAUGUUCGUAUACACAGAGCGUUCUUGGAGGAGAAUAUACAGGGGGUGGUGGAAGAGUGUGGGAAGUAUUACCCGCAGUUGGGCGCGUUGUUGGCAAGGAAUGAGAGACAGUUCAUUUGUAAUUGUUAUUGCUAAUAAAAUUGAGGUUUUUCACAAAUAA